CUGCCAUUUCCAUCACACCCCAUUUAUUUCUCAGCUUCAACAUAUCAAGUAAGCCCUUUUCCCCUCCUCUCCACUUCCCUCUGCUAAUCCUUUCUUCUAACUUUUCCUUCAACGCUCUCUCUUUGAUUGCUAAUUCCAAAACUCCAAGAAUAUAUAUAUAUAUCCCCAAAAAUUAAAACAAAAAAAGUUUUUUUUUUUUCUUUUCUUUUUCUCAGACUUUCCAAGACCCUUUUUUUAUUUUUUUAAUUAUUAUCCCUAUUUAGCUAAAUGAAAAGUCUUUUUUGGAGUGCAUGCAUGUAAUCGGUGGGAAGGUAGUCCACGUCGAUAGUCAGCGACCAAUUAGGAAAAAUCUUGCGGCUUGGUGCUGGAAUUGUUCAGUUCCGAUUGAUCGGAUUUCUGGGAUUUUGCCGUGCUAGUAUUGUGAAUUAUUGGAGCUGAAGAUUUGGGAAUUUACUGAUAAUUGGUUAAAAAAAAAAAAAAAAAAAAAAAAAAAGGAAAAGUGGACAGAGAGGUAAGCAAGGCUUUAAAGAUGGUAACUUUCAGAUGGGUCGGUGAGUAACUGAGUUUUUCUAUUAAAUGAGAGUAAUUGUGAGUUUUUCUAUUCAAUGACAAUCUGAGGGAAAAAAAUAAAAAAUAAAAAAUACUCGAAGUUUGAUGUUGGGAAAUGGGGAACACAAGCCUUAUUUACUGGGGCUUAAGUUGAUUGUAUUUUAUGAAUGGUAGGGGCUUGUCUAGGUACCAGACUGAGAAAGUCAUGGCUGGGAUAUGGAGGAGACAAGGUGUAAAAGGCCUUUGGAUUUAUGCAACUGUUUUGCUUAUGAUGGAGGAUGUGGCAAAUUUUAUGGUGUUAUCUUGAAUCUGGUAAAGAUCAGUUCGUCUGGUGCCUUAUCUAGUGUCUAGUCUGCAAAGCAUUUAUUGGCUCUAUACGGAUGGAGAAGGCAAGAUUUUGGGGUUUGGGUGUGGUAUUUCUCAAUUGGGAUGCUGGUUCGUAUAUUAUCUGAGUUAAAAAUUUCUGGGUUUUCCUAUUCUCCAUUGUUUGAGCUGUGUUUGGGCAAGAUCUAAAGCAGAUUCCGUCUUUCUGAGAGAACUGAAUGCCCAUUUUUCUGAUUAAAUAUGUCUGGCCAUUCCAUAACGUGAGUUUUUAAGUAUCUGGAGACGAGUAGCUUUUGCAGUAUUUGGAGGAAAGUGUGGAAGAUCAGUUUGAGAUUCUUCUGCUUCGAAUGGAGUGGAAUACGAAGCCUUCGUUAUUAUGGGAGUUAGAGAACCUUCUAGAGUUUGAUGUGAAAGCAACCGAAAAUCCAAAGAAGCUACAAUUAACAGACUGCUGUGUGGAGGGAGAUCGAGGAAUUAGCUCUGGAUCUUUUAACUCACCUGGGGAUGGUGGGGGCAGCGGGGGAACUGGUGGUUAUGGCUCUGAUUUGGGUCAUACUUCGUCCAAGAGCUCAAAAUCGGCUUCUAUUAGUUCUCCAUCAUUUGGGGAAAGCAAGACAUCAAAAUUCAGUAUUGAGGCUUUUGAAGGUCAUCCAAAGGAUUUUAGCGGCAACAAGGAAUCAGCUGAAGUUGAGCCAUCUGGAUCUUCUCCGACACCUGAGAUUUCUGCUGGUUCUGUCGAGCCAUUACUCAGUUUGAAGUUAGGCAAGCGGAUGUAUUUCGAAGAUGCUUCUGCAGGAAAUAACACUAAGACCUCUUCCCUUGCUGUUGAUCCUACGUCGUCUCCUAUGACAACUAAGAGAUGUAAGUCUUCUUGUCAGAAUGCUCUUGUUCCACGCUGCCAAGUUGAAGGCUGCAAUCUUGAUCUCUCAUCGGCAAAAGAUUACCAUCGUAAGCAUAGAAUCUGUGAGAGUCAUUCCAAAUCUCCAAAAGUCAUUGUUGGCGGACUGGAACGUCGGUUUUGCCAACAGUGUAGCAGGUUUCAUCCUCUGUCUGAAUUUGAUGAAAAGAAGCGAAGCUGUCGCAGGCGUCUUUCUGAUCAUAAUGCAAGGCGCCGCAAGCCACAGCCAGAAGCAGUCCGGUUGAAUCCAACAAGGCUCUCUUCCUUGUAUGAUGGGCAGCAACAGAUGAACAUUGUCUUUGAUCAAAGCUCACGCCUUUAUACAAGGAACGCUGUGAAUUUAACAUGGGAUGGCACAGACAGCUCUAAGUUAGGGGAAACAAAAGAGUUUUUGUCUAAACCUGCAAAAGCAGGGGGUGCUACUGGGCAGUUGCAUCUGCUCAACAAUGACAUGCCAAGUGCUGUUACUACACUCUAUCAUGAUUCCGGUGGGUUAUCACCCUCCAAAGGGACUGCUUCUGAGGUCCUCAACCAAGGUUUAGAAGAAUCUGUGAUCUCAUCCAACCUGGAUACAACUCAGGACCUUCAUCGUGCUCUCUCUCUUCUGUCAACUAGUUCGUGGGGUUCAUGCGGGACAAAAUCUGUUUCACAAGGUAACCCAAACCACAUAAAUCACACCACCAUGCCUCAGCCCUCAAAUACGAUGCAUGCAAUAAGCCAAGGCUUACCAUUUGGUUCAGAGUACUGGCAGUCGGAACAACUCUCCCUUGAUAACCCAUCACAUAUCUCUCAUCCACGUAGUAACAGCAGCAGCAGCAACCACUUUCAAGAUCUCAAUCUUUUCAGAGGUCCCUAUGAAUCUGGUUUCUACCCCAACCAGUUCAAUUGACUCAGGUAUCAAAACAACUUGAGAGCGCUGUAUAAUAGUAGCUCUUUUUGACUCUAGCUAAUUGGACUACUUUUAGCUAUGGAUAUUAUGAUCUGUAGCCGUACAACGGUUCACCGAUCAAGGUAAGUUGCUUAUUUUUACGGUUUCUUGUUCUAUCAUUUGCUCAAGGAAUCUGUUGUUCUCUUUUGUACCAAGUUGAAUUGGUUGAUUUGCAGUGCAUGCAUAUCAAUACAUUAUACAAAUACUUAUCUACAAGCUUUGAAUUA